GCUGGCGUUUGCGCGCAUCGUGAACGCGCACCUGUUCCGCGGUGUGGGCUGCAGUUACUGAAAAGUUUGCGUUUGUCCCUAGAGGAGCUUUAUUGGACGAAGCGCAGAGUGUGCACGGAGGGAACAAGAGAAAGACUAGAAAAAUCCUGCUUAACUGAAGCAGGAUUUGACACCUGAGGAUGGUACAGAACAUGGAGAUCGAUGUGUCCUCACUGACGGAAUCGGAGCAAAAUCUGAUACUGGAAGUCCUACGGCGGGACGAUGAACUUAGACGCUUGGAGGAGUUCCGCGUGAAGAAGCUGAAAACUGAAUUACUGGAAGUCAGAAGAAAGGGUGCCAAGCGUAGCAGUGGGACAUACAGUGAACGCAGCUGCGGCCGCUGCCAGGAGUCCAUGAGCUUUCUGACCAGCAACAGCAACCAGUGCAGGGCAUGCAAGCAUUUCGUUUGCCAAAAAUGUCAAGCUGUUAGACCCAAUGGAUCUUGGGUGUGCACGGUGUGUGCCAAAGAGAUCGAUCUAAAGAUGAGCACUGGAGACUGGUUCUACGAUGAGAGAGUUAACCGCUUCUCUAAAGCUCCUGGACACGACUUAGUCCGAGUUUCCCUCAGGAAGAGGCCGGGAGUUAAUAAGCGUGAGACAGCCGGGGAAUUGCUGUUAAGCAGAACUGAAUUGAAAGCUGUGCCUGUCCCCAAACCUCGAAUAAAGGAUGUCGCGCUAGCAAGCAAGAGCUCACCUCGUCUGAAAAACAGGGGACUUGAUGUUCACGAGCAACAACGCAGUGACACCGAAUCAGCUGAGAAAGCCAGUUUGUGUAGCAACCGCACUGAUACUGAAUCAUCACACAGUACUCCACUGAUCCAGAGAAAAGGGGAAGUGACUGUUAAGGUUAGUCCAGCAGGCUCCACUGUUUCCAGUCUGGCAAACGCUGACAGCCCUGCACACUCCACCUCAGCCAAUGAGACGGCCUCUUUAAUUCAUCGCAUAAGUGUCUGCCCUGACUCUCUACGUGACGUGGAUGGGCUUUUCAAGAAAAGUGUCAGAAGAGUACACAAACUGUCAGAUAUUAAGCCAGUCUCCACACUUGAUUUGCGUGAAGAUGGAACAAGAGGCGCUGUAUCCUCAAUGGGAGACAGGAGCAAGUCAGUUCCUGGCCUCAAUGCUGAUGAUGAGGAAGAGGAUGAAGACAUUGAUAAUUUGGUGAAUAUACACAAAAAGAAAUUUGGUAAUAGUUACGGAAGUCUGCAUAGCUCAAAGAUGACUUCGGGCAGUUCAAUGAGUGUGUACAGUGAAGCGGGAGACUAUGACAGUGUGGAAGUGAGUGGAGAAAUUGUCUUCUCUCUCUCCUAUAAUGAUUCAAGUCAGAGUCUGACUAUUCUGGUUCAUGAGUGCAGAGGACUGGCUUACGCUGAUGCAGCAAAAAAGAAAUGCAACCCGUAUGUGAAGGCUUACCUCCUCCCAGACAAGAGCAAGAAGAAAACAUCCAUCAAACAUAACACCAACAACCCCAGUUUCAAGGAAACACUGAAGUUUUCUAUCAGCCGCACCCAGCUGCUGUCUCGCACACUACAACUCUCAGUUUGGCACAACGAUCGGUUCGGCCGCAAUGUUUUUCUGGGUGAGGUGGAGGUGCCAAUAGAGAACCAUGACAUUGAAUCUUCAAAUGCAGAGUGUAUGGCACUUAGAGGAAAGGCAGCCACAGCAUCAUCUCCCUUUGAUCAAUACAAAGGAGAGCUGGCUAUUUCACUAAAGUAUGUUACAGCCAAAAACACAAAUGAGGAGAAUCUUAAGGGGAAAGGUAAAAAGAACAAAGCGGAGGAGGGUGCUGAGCUACAUGUCUUGAUCAAAGAGGCCAAAAAUCUGACUGUCAUGAAAUCUGGGGGCACAAUUGAUACCUUUGUGAAAGGGUAUCUGCUGCCAUCAAAAAAUAAGAAUACUUCAAAAAGAAAGACGCAGGUGGUAAAGAAGACAUCAAACCCACAUUAUGACCAAAUAUUUGUGUACAAAGAUUUGAGUCUGGAGCAGCUGAAGGACAUGUGUCUAGAGCUCACCAUCUGGGACAGAGAGACCAUGUCUAGCAAUGACUUCCUGGGAGGAGUCCGUCUCAGCCUGGGAGCAGUGACUGUGAAUGAAGGGAAGACGCAGUGGGUGGCAGAUUCGACCGGUGAAGAGAUUUCACUGUGGCAAAAGAUGAUGCAGUACCCUGACUCCUGGGCAGAGGGCACUCUUCCACUGCGCUCAUCCAUGGGAAGGGGCAAGUAAGGACAUGGUCGAUUACUCCAACCCCAGGGAUCAAAGAUGGGGGGUGAUACACUCCAAAACACACAAUGUUUUUAUGUGUAGCUCUGCAUGACACUAAACUUUUAAAGAAGGCAUUUUAAGGUUCUUUUGUAUUUUAACAGAUUUAAUGCAGAUCAAAGAAAAUGUGAAAAUAUACUGUAUUGACACUGUAGAUUCAUUAUAUUUAUUUUCUCCAGCAAACUGGGUGUUUUUAAAUACAACAUCAUUUGAAAUGUACGACACAGUAAAUACUCAGUCAUUACAAUUUAAAUGAGCACUUCAUGUAUGCCCCAUAUAUUUUAGUUGAUUUCUUACUGUGUAAAAAAAAGUUAUUUUAUGUCAUCAGUUCAAAACUGUGAGCACGUUCUUGUUGGAGCUACUUAAAAUAACCAGCAUUUAAUAAAUAUUCAAUAUUUUAAACAA